CACCAUAUUUAUUUCAAAGUUAAUUUUCUCUCUCUUGACCAAAGAAAUCUGGAAAACUCUCUCAUUCUCAAACAAACCCUAGCCGCCGACUCCUCCCUCCUUCAGUGUGUCUCCGGCGGUCGUUACAUUGCUCCACCAUCUUCAUCCUCUCCUUUUCAUCUCCACGAUCUCCCUCCUCGAGUUUCUUGCUGCACUUCUUCACUCGCACAAUGUUUCUCAAAGUGCAGCUUCCUUGGAAUGUCAUCAUUGCUGCAGAGAACCUGAAGCCAGGCAGUCUCAUGCUUCAACGGGCAAUCCUCAUCCGGCUUUUAAGCGAUUUCGCUGCAAAAAAGGCGACAAAAGACAUGGGAUACUUUCUUGCGGUGACUACACUGGAUAAAAUAGGAGAGGGGAAAGUCAGGCAACAUACUGGAGAUGUUCUGUUCCCUGUUGUUUUCAAUGCCGUGACCUUCAAGAUUUUCAAGGGUGAGGUAUUGGAGGGUGUCGUCCACAAGGUGCUGAAGCAUGGGGUUUUCAUGCGAAUUGGUCCAAUAGAGAAUGCCUAUCUCUCAAGUAGCAAGAUGCCUGGGUAUGUGUAUGUUCUCGGUGAAAACCCAUAUUUCAUGAAUCAGAAAAUGCCCAAGAUUGCCAAAGAUGUCAAGGUUCGAGUUGUGGUGAUCGGUACAAAGUGGAUGGAGGCAGAGAGGGAAUUUCAGGCAUUGGUUGGCUUGGAAGGGGAUUAUCUAGGACCAAUUUCAUCCCCUGAUAUGUAGCUGCUAUGAUUCUGUAAUUAUCAGUCUUUAUCAUUCGUAGGUACUAUGGUUCUGUAAUUAUCAGUCUUUAUCGACCGACUAUGCACUGGUUACUUGAUUUUCUUGCUUUGAGUACCAUUAUCUGCUACUAGACUGAUUUAUAAUUUGGUUGUUGAAUAGCAGAAGUCUAUGAUUUGUAAUUAUCAGUCUUUAUCAUUCGUAGGUACUAUGGUUCUGUAAUUAUCAGUCUUUAUCAAUCGACUAUGCACUGUUUACUUGAUUUU